UGAGCGCGCAAAUAAACAAAUAUUUAACCGAAUAUUUCUUGAAUUAUAACUUAAAAAAUAUUUAAUAUUUAAUGAACUUGGCUUAUCCUAGUGUAAACCUGUAAAAUGCCUUAGAUUAAAGCAAGAUUUGUAAGGAUUUCGCUUAGAAUCGGUGUGCAAAACAAGGCAUAUACAGAAAACACAACCAUGACUGCCGGGCAAUGGGUGGGGGUGGCUGAGCGGGUGUUUUGGGGUUUGGGGGUCAAAUGGGGGGCCAGCUUGGCUGUCCUGGGGCUGUGCGUGUUCCUUUCAGCCAGUGCCACGCACGCGAACUCCCUAAAUGCCAUUGAGGAACCUGUCACCCGGCGCCACCAUCAGCGUCAUCACGAACGGGAACGUGAGCGGGAGGAGAACGGCUAUUGUGCUCCUUACAGCGGCAAGGUAUGCAAGGAGUAUCUCACUGGUCAGGUGUGGUACAGUUUGGACGAUCCCACCGGAGGUUGGAAGAAUGAGCAGGUGGCCACAGCGCUUUGGGAUGAGCUAAUUUCGGAUCUCACGGGUCUGUGUCGCGAGGCGGCAGAGAAAAUGCUUUGCGCCUAUGCCUUUCCCAACUGCCACAUGGAAGGAGGUCGAGCUGUGAAGGCUCCCCUCUGUUUCGAGGACUGCCAGGCCACUCAUCUGCAGUUCUGCUACAAUGACUGGGUGCUCAUUGAGGAGAAAAAGGAACGCAACAUGUUUAUCAAAAGCCGCGGACACUUCCGUCUGCCCAACUGCUCCUCCUUGCCGCACUACAACGCCUCCAUGCGGCGACCCAAUUGCUCCUACAUCGGUCUCACUGAACUCAAGGAGUCGGAAGUGAGCUAUGAUUGCCGCAAUGGUAAUGGACGCUUCUACAUGGGCACAAUGAACGUGUCAAAGUCUGGAAUACCCUGCCAGCGCUGGGACACGCAGUACCCUCACAAGCACUUCCAGCCUCCUUUAGUCUUCCAUCAGCUCCUAGAGGGCGAGAACUACUGUCGGAAUGCGGGUGGUGAGGAGCCACAUCCCUGGUGCUAUACAGUGGAUGAAUCAGUGCGCUGGCAACACUGCGAUAUACCCAUGUGUCCUGAUUAUGUAGAUCCCAAUGCCGUUGAUUUGAAUACCCCCAUCAAGAUGGAAAAAUUCUUCACGCCCUCUAUGAUUUUCCUUCUGGCUGGAAUUGGUUUCGUGGCUAUUGUCGCCCUGCACUUAAUAAUCCUGCUCGUCUACAAGCUGUCCAAGCAAAAGGAUUAUUCCCAACCUCCUGGAACAGCCACUGCAGAUUGCAAUGUUUCCAUGCGCGGAGGAGGAGAGUGCGGUGGAAAUCUGAACACCAGUCGGGAAACUCUCGGAGGCAAUGGAAACACCAACACCCUAGCAAAGUGGGGCACCAUCAGGAGCACAGCCACGGUUCACAGUAAUUGCGUAGCUCUUACAGCGGUGACCAAUGUGCCAGAUACGAAAGGCACCAAACCGAAUGCACGCCUGGAGAAGCUGGAAUACCCACGCGGGGAUAUUGUUUAUGUACGGUCCCUAGGCCAAGGAGCCUUCGGUCGCGUCUUCCAGGCCAGAGCUCCCGGUCUUGUCCCCGAUCAGGAAGAUCUUCUAGUGGCCGUUAAAAUGCUUAAAGACGACGCCAGCGACCAAAUGCAAAUGGACUUCGAACGUGAGGCCUGUCUGCUGGCCGAGUUCGAUCAUCCCAAUAUCGUUAGGUUAUUGGGAGUGUGUGCUCUGGGAAGACCCAUGUGCCUGCUGUUUGAGUACAUGGCUCCCGGCGAUCUCAGUGAGUUUCUCCGCGCCUGCUCACCAUAUGCCACCCACCAGGCGCCGGCAAGGGAUCGCCUUCAGCUAAAUGAGCUGCAUCUGCUACAAAUGGCCGCUAACAUUGCAGCUGGCAUGCUGUAUCUCUCAGAGCGGAAGUUUGUCCACCGGGACUUGGCUACCCGGAAUUGUCUGAUCAACGAGCACAUGGCAGUGAAGAUCGCCGACUUUGGGCUCUCCCACAAGAUCUAUCUGCAGGAUUACUACAAGGGCGAUGAAAACGACUUCAUACCGAUCCGCUGGAUGCCACUGGAGAGCAUCCUGUACAACAAGUUCUCGUUGGAGUCCGACGUUUGGGCAUACGGCAUCUGCCUGUGGGAGGUUUUCUCUUUCGCCCUGCAGCCAUACUUUGGGCUGACCCAUGAGGAGGUGAUUAAGUACAUCAAGGAGGGCAACGUGCUCGGCUGUCCGGACAACACACCGCUCUCUGUCUACGCGCUGAUGCGCCGCUGCUGGAACCGCAAACCAAGCGAGCGUCCUGGUUUUGCUGAGAUCAACCACUGCAUUCAGCACAGCAUCGCCGAGAGUGAGUGCAAGGCAAUGCUCUAGAGGAUCAUCGGCUGAAGUCAAAGUAUAUUAUCUGUUUGCCACAGAACGAUCGACCGCCGUCUUCCGGGGCACCCAAUAGAACCGUAUAUACACGCCAGGGUUUGUGAAAAAGUUGUACGGAAUGCCAUGAAAGUUUCAUUAGACGUUUAGGAGUUUUAAAUAACAAAACUUGUAUUUUAUGGGGAUUUAUUGUUUAAUCAUUCGAGGUGGCAUUCCUGGACAAUGUUUUUCGAAGUCAACCCACCUUAUAACAAACUCUUUUUAUACGAACCUAUGCAUAUUGAUUUGAAUUACUGCACUAAGUGAGAUCAGAGGAUCGGAAGGAUUGUGAUUAAGUUAGAUUAAAGACCAUUCCAUAUCUUUAAGAAGUCGCUCCGGUACUAAGUCUUUCAAUUGAUGCUUCCUCAUAACACUUUGUUUACUUGAUCCAGAUACUAUUUUAUACUCAUACCCUCUGAUCUCUCGGUCACCAAUCGAAUAGUCUGCCACAACGAACGCAUCAUCAAAGUGUCGUACUCAUAUCUAGUCUGUAGUUUAAGUUUAUCUAUAUGCGCAUAUGUAGAUUGCAUUUUAAAGGAAUUAAUUUUUGACUAGGCUUAAGCACUGCCAUCGCAGCACUCCACACUGAUCAUUGAUCACUGGGUGGACAAACAGGAACCAGACACCGGAGACCAUCAAAACAAUAAGUUACAUAUAUGAGAUAUGGAAUAUUUAGAGAACUGUCUACAGCCCGACUUUCUGGGUAACUUUACAUAAUCUUUGUAACUAAAACAACGUGUUGAUUGUAAUUUGUAUAAAUAAACCAUCCAUAACCGUAUCACAUCAGCAGUAGUAGUAAUUGUAAUAGUAACUACCGUAGUAGCAACGGUUAUAGGGAACAGGUACGGGGACAGGAAGAACUCCAGCAUAUCCUGCAUAUCCGACAUAUCCAGCGUAUCCGCCAUAUCCUCCAUAGAAUGGACGUGGUCCUCUGAAUCCACCAGGUGGUCCUCUGAAUCCACCGGGUGGUCCUCCUCUAAAGCCUCCAUGACCUGGUCCCCCGAAUCCUGGGCCCCCUCCUCCGAAACCACCUCUU